UUGAUGCGGGGCCGGGGCGGCGGCGGCAGCAGCAGCAGCAGCAGCUGGGGGCUGGCGAUGGUGCCGCUGCCGUGGGCAUCGCCGUGAGUCGCUGGGGGAGGCGAGCGGGGCUCGCCGCGGGCGGGGGCGCAGGCGGCCCUGCCUGGAUGUGGGGCCAGCGGCGGAGUCGACCCGCGUCCGUGCGGUGAGGGGAGCCGGGCUCGCCUCCCCCCCUCCCCGCCGCGGAGGAAUUGAACGGUGAGGGUCGCGGAGGAGGGCCCGGUGCCCCCUCAACACCACCCCGGGUAAAAGGCUCCGGAGGCAGGGGAGAAAAUGAGCAGCGAGGUGAUGUGGCUUUUCAAGCAGCUGAAUAUGCACCUGGAGCAGGAGGGGCGGUUUCAGCCCCGAGAGAAGGGGCUCAGCCUCAUCGAGGGCGCCGCCGAGAAUGAAAAUACUCUGUGUCCAAGGCAAAGGAAUGCCAAGGUGGAAGAUCUUUGGAGUCUGACCAACUUUUUCGGUUUUGCAACUGAAACGUUUGUUUUGGCUGUUAACAUUCUGGACAGAUUCUUGGCUCUUAUGAAGGUGAAACCAAAGCAUUUAUCUUGCAUUGGAGUUUGUUGUUUCCAACUGGCUGCCCGAGUAGUCGAAGAAGAAUGCAAUAUUCCAUCUGCUCAUGAGAUCAUCCGGAUCAGCCAAUGUAAAUGCACUGUGUCCGACCUGAAACGGAUGGAAAAAAUAAUUUCAGAAAAGUUGCACUUUGAAUUUAAAGCUACUACUGCCUUAACGUUCUUGCACUUGUACCAUACUAUUGUACUCUGUCAUACCUCAGAAAGGAAAGAAGUAUUGAAUCUUGACAAAUUGGAAGCGCAGCUAAAAGCUUGCAACUGUCGUCUAGUCUUUUCUAAAGCAAAACCAUCUGUCUUGGCCUUGUGCCUUCUCACUCUAGAAGUUCAGACUUUGAAAUCUGUUGAGCUGUUUGAGAUCCUUCUUCGUGUUCAAAAGCAUUCUAAGAUAAGUGACAGUGACCUGCUUUACUGGAGGGAACUGGUCUCAAAAUGCCUAGCAGAUUAUUCUUCUCCAGAAUGUUGCAAGCCUGAUCAUAAAAAGCUGGUUUGGAUUGUUUCAAGACGUACAGCCCAGAAUCUACAGAACAGUUACUACAGUGUUCCUGAGUUGCCAACGAUACCGGAGGGUGGAUGUUUCAAUGAAAGCGAGAGUGAAGACUCCUGUGAAGAUAUGAGCAGCGGAGAAGAAAGCCUUAGCAGUUCUCCUCCAAGUGAUCUGGAAGGCACCUUCUUCUUCGAACUCAAGCCUAAAACAAAGUGGCAAGCUCUUAGCUGUCGGUCUUAAUAACAUUAAGUCUUGAUUGUAUUAGGCUGAGCUUUUUAAUGCAUCGUAGAGUCUUUUGGCAAUAAUAAAUGAGGUGGUAAUCUGUAAACUGUAUUAAGGCAAGAAUUGCUGUGGUAUAUCAAUGCUUUGAAUGCCUGGCUUGGGUUUUGUUGUUGUUGUUGUGAUUUUAAGGAAGAAAAGAAAAUAAAUGCCAUUCAGGUCCCCAGUUCAGCAAAAAAAGCUAAUGUAUAGUUCUGUUGUAAACAAGCAUAAAUGUAGUCCUGUACCUGGUGGUCCAAAAUGCUUAGCAGCUAAACAUGUUACUAGUGUUCCCUGGCAGCAGUGAAGGGUGAUGGCGUACUGGGCUGUGUUAACAGGAGUGUAGCCAGGAGAUCAAGGGAAGUAGGUUUUUUUUCCUCCCUUUACUUGGCAUUCAUUCUCAGUUGGAACAGUGUCCAGUUCUGGGUUCAAGGCGUUGAUCAACUUGCACAAGUCCAGCAGGAAGCUGCCAAGAUGGUUAAGCGAUUGUGGGGCACAGAAGCUGUGAGGAGAGGCUGAGCAAAAUGAGUUUAUUCAGCCUGGCAAAGUGGCCUUCGGGUUUGAACAGCAGCCUUUUGGUAUCUAAGAGGAGGUUGCUGAGGAGGAGGUGAUUUCAGCGUCUUGACUGAGAAGUGUGGAGCAAGAAUUGAGGCGCUUUGAUUGAAUUGAAGUGUGAACUCCUCGGUGAAUGGAAGAAGUUUGCUCUGUGGGGGCAGUCAAGCGUUGGAGUGGACUGAGAGGGGCUGUGCAGUCUGUCCUGGGAGGUUCUCAGGAUUCAACGUGACAAAGCUCCAAGCUCGGCUUGAAUUCAGUGCUGACCCUGCUUUGAGCAGGAGGUUGGUUUAGAGUCCUCCUGAGGGCACUUCCACUCUUUAGUAUUUUGGGUUUAGAUCAAGAUUGGCUGGGUGGGUUGUGUGGAGUGGUGUGUAGAUGUAGUACCAGGCUGAAAUGACUUACUGUCAAGUGGGCCAAAUACCGAAACUGCUUUAACACUUUACAUGGAUCUUGAGUUGUGUACUCCAGUUACUUUUUUGGUUUUUUUUUUAAAGCUUGGUUUUGAUAAACUUCAGGAAUCCCUAUUUCGGGAGUAUGUAUGGCAAGAAGGAAGUUUCUAGUCAAUACUAGUUUUCACUAAGGGACAGUAUAAAGUGCAGGGAGUAAUUUCAUAUUUUCGUUUACAUGGAAACUCACAUUGUAUACUUCAGUAUGUUUAAAAUCUUAACUUAAAUUCAAUCCAUACUAUUAGCUUAGACUUAUUAACAUGGUAAAUCUUGAUAAGUCUAUGUUCCUUUUAAUAUUUAACCCUUGUAGUUGUUUUUCAGUAUAUUCAUGUUAUUGAUUGAGUCAUAAUCAAACUUGUUUGCAUGCUUAUGUAAAGCAGUUAGUGCAGGAAAAGUAGACAUAAUGCAGUAAUAUCAGGUAAAUGUGAUGUUGAUGAAGUAGUUAAUGUAAUGGUUUUUUUCUGAACUUUUUUAUUGAAGCACAAAUUGAAGUAUGAUUGUGUUUCCGUAUUGAGGACAUGGCUAGGUAGCAAGUGGACUAAUUAGCCUCAGAAUAAUGGUGUGAAGUGUGUUGGUGCCAAAGUAGAAAUGAAGGAGCAAACGAGCUAAAGGCUGUUCUGUAGCUGCAAAUGUUGUUUUAGAAUGGUAAGAGCGGUGCUGUAAGUUCAUAACUGUUACGUGAUUUCAUUUUUAUAAGAAUGCAAAAAGUUUACAAAAAUGUAUAUAAAAAUGUAAAUUAAAAAAAUGUACAGAAAAAAAUUUAAAACAAAAAAUGAGCAGAAAAUACUGUAUUUUUUUACAUUGUAUGUAACUUUUUGUAGGUAUGUUGCAUGUAGAUAGUAAUUUAUUGUGUACUCUGUAUGAUAUUAAAUACUGUACAUCUGAAGACUUCUUCCUGCAAGUCUCUGUGCCUGGAAGCUCACUUUUGAGAUGAAGUACUUUGGUUGCAGGUAACGAACCUACUGAGUCUUGUUUCAGUUGAGAACAAAAAAAUAAACCAAGUGCUGUAUUUGUUAACUGA